AUGGGGGCACCGGCGGGAGCGGCCCCGGCGGGGGCGGCAGCGGCGGCCCAGGGGGGCCAACAGCUAAUGGCCAACAACUCCAAUCCUCUGAGUCACCACCAACAUCUGGCGGCGCACAGCUCUCUACAGCAGCACAUGCAGGGCCAUAUGCAGGUGUCAGCAGCACCAACGCCAACACCGCCGCAACAGGCGCCACCGGUGACGGCGGCCAAUCCGCCUGCGGCCCCGCCCCCACAUUUCCCAACUAUUUCUACGGCGUCGGGAACUAUGGACCAGGAGUUCCAACAAAUGAUCAUGAACAAUCCACUCUUUCGAUCUCAGCUUCCAACAUUAUUCAAUGCAGCCGCUCUACAGGUCACGCAGCAGGCCCACCAGGCCAGUCAGCAUCUGCAACAGGGCGGUCGAGUCCCCGAGGCCACGGACUCUCCGGGGAACCCCAGUCCAGCGGGGGGGGGCCCAUCGGGGGGCCCCGGGGCCCAGGGGUCUCAGGGGCAGGGACAGGGGGCGGCGGACCAGUGCAGUCCCAAUCCCGCGACGCCGCGGAGGGACAAGGACCAGUCUCCCCCACCAGGGACUCCACAGGGGACUCCGCAGCAGCAACAAAACAACAACAGCAACAAUCCCAACGCGAACCCCAACAGUCAAGAGAACAGCAACCUUAUCCAGGCAGUGGCCCGACAGGCAGCUCUCCUGCAACAUCAAACAAGCAGCCUAUUGAAAUAA